UUCUUGUUAUUUAAAGUAAAGUGCUCCAAAGCCAUAUUCCCAGCAAAACACAAACAUUGCCACAUACUUUGCAUUUGAAUAUUGUCUCUUCUCUUUGAUCACUUCUAUUUAAACAAACAACAUAUUGUGAAGGAAGAUUUAUACUUGUAUUAAAUUCUCAGGACCCCACCCGAUUUGCUCAGCAAGAUUUGAUGUUGUUUGCUUCCAGUUUUAGUGUUUUUUAGACCGAACAUCUGCAAUAAACAACUGUUAAACACUCAUUGAACUGUAUGAGCCGCCCAGCUGUCUGCAUGUACAUUUAUGUAAUGACGGGUGACUUGUGCAAUAUUUUUGAGAUCAUGAACCCAUGGACCCACUUUUUUGGCUUUCAGCAUGCUCAGUGUGUCAACACUUGCCCACUUCUGAUAGGAACAGUUCUCCACAGUCCACACAAAUUGCACUGCACGAAUGUUCCCCUCUGUCCGGUGGUGGGCCACCAUCCAAUCUGCCGUAUGAGGGAUCUAGAAAGCAGCUGACUAGGAAGCAAAAUAAUGGUGUGCUUUCGCGGGCCAGCUGAUUGUUUGUUUUUGUGCUUCUGCUUUGUCAUCACCAGCGUGGCUUUUCAAAUCUCUGCCACAAAGGCAACAAUAAACUGUGGAAGGCCCCAGGCUCGUAGUGUGCGCGGCCGCAGCUAUGGGGAGGUUUUGGGGGGCUAUUUCGCCAACGGCCAUCGAUGUGCAGCGUUUAGUCUAGCAUGAGACAGCCAAGGGUGAGCACCCGAGUUUUCACACAAUAAAGGUGAGGAAGGGGACCGAGCACUCCGGGGAGACCACCAGCCCACGGGAGGGAAGCGUACCAAAAUGUACAAGACCAGCUACCUGCACGAGGUGUGCAAGGAAAAGUACGAGCGUUCAGAUGUCUUCAAUGAGGAACCCGUGGACUUUGAAUCCUCUGCCGGCAUCUCCGCCAUCCAGGGCUGGGAGAGCCUUCAGGAGCUCAACAGUCGCUUUGACCGCUACAUCAACAGGGCGCGAGUCCUGGAGCAGCGCAACGCUGUGUUCCGCAAGCAGCUGGAGACGCUGCAGCGGAUGGAAGAGGCGAGCGGCCUCGAGGAGGCCUUCACAGAGCAGACUGAGGCCAACAGGCAGCGCAUCCGAGAGCUGAAAGAUGCUUGCCGCAUGCUGGAUGAAUUCAGCAGCAAAUAUAGAAAUGAAUGUGAUCAUCAAGAACAGCUGCGCGGCACACUGGAACAAUUGAACAAGGAGGCUGACAGUUCUCUGCUGAGAAACCUGGAAUAUCAGAUCCAGUCACAGUUCCUGCUGGAUGACAUCAACUCCACCAAAGACAGGCACAAGAAGAAUCUUGCAGAGAUCCAGACCUACGUAAACAUUUUACAGCAAAUCAACAAGACACUUCCCCUCGCCCCCGAUGUGUCAGUGGGCAUCUCUGAGGAACAGGAGAAGAUGCUGGCCCAGAGGAAAGUGCCAGGGCUGCAGAGUCAGCUGGAGGAAUAUAACAUCGCCCUCUGUCAGCUGCAGACCCAGAAACAACGCCUGGAGGCGGAGACUACAGUGUUAGAGCAAUCCAUCAAAAGCACACAGGAGAGUUAUGACGAUGAGAUUCAGAUGUACAACCAGCAAAUUGAAUCUCUGCGGAAGGAGAUCGAGGAAGCUGAGUGGUCCCUCGAGAAGAUCACCAGUGAAUGUCGCCACCUGGCCAUGUACCAGAUAUCCCUUGAGAAUGAGAUGGAGAGGUACAAGCGGAUCAUCGAGAACGAAGAUAACAGGUUGAAUUCAGCGAUAAUUGGCACUCCGAUUACUCUGUUCACCACUAAUUACCGCUACACUCACACACCCACUGCAUCGAGCAGGGGGCGAGAUAUCACCCAGGUUAUCCAAGCUAUCACUAGCAUUAAGCCCUGCCAGAAGAUCCUGGCUAAGAAAGUCCUGAAGAAGAAAGACCUGACCCCGAAAGACGUGACUGACAGUGGCCAGGAGGAUAGAAAUAAGGAAGCUGCUGGAGAGGCGGCAGAUGAAGAAACAAAGGAGGUCCCGUCAGUGGAAGUGCAGCAGGAGAGCGUGAAGAGGCCUGCACUCACUGGAGUGUCUCCACAGGAUGUCCCAGACGGAGCUCAGAUCAGCAAGGCCUUUGACACUCUGUGUAACAUCGUCAGAGACAGAAUGAGGACGUACAAGAAGUCUGAGCCAAUCGCUGACUUCUAUGCCAAGGGUCGUUAUGUCCUUGUCACCGGCGACGGCAGCUACCCAGAUCCAUGUUUCUACACCUCCACGCCAUCAGCCGGCCACAUCUUCGAUACAAUCAGAGAUGGAAUGAGGCCUCGCUAUGAUCCUUACGCUCCCAUCACACCCUCUCUUCCACCUCAACCUCAACCUCCUCAGCCCAUAGAAGACCCCAGGCCUCCCAAGGCCCUCCCGCCCUUCAAUGGAGGAGGAGGCAAAGACAAUAAUAAGGGGGGAAAAGAUAAGCACAAGAACGGAGAGCGUCACCCUAAAGAUCCAAGCCCACAUCCGUCACCCACUGGCCCCACUGAUCCCACCCCGGCUGCCGAUCAUCCCAAGAAAAGCCAGGAUGACAUUGGGCCCAUUCCAAAGCCUGUGCCUCGCGAUGCCAGCACCAGGUCCAGCACCAUCACCAGCUCAAGCAGCUUUACCCCAGACGCAAUGAGCUACGAGAAGCUGGAGGUUGUGGAGUCUGUAGAGAAGUUCUCAAACGACGAAUAGCUUAAAGGUUAUGAGAAGACUUCAACAGUGGUGGAGACCUUGAUCGAGAAGUCCAGCAAGAAGAAGCAUUGAAACCACAUUACCUGGCAUGGAGACUCAGUCAACUCCAAGAGGGUCCUUCAUGGUUCAGGCCCUCUGACAAGAAGACAAUACUGAUAAACACCACUGUUCCUCAAACUACAGCAAUAACACCAAUAUGUUUUGUCUCUGAAGGAAACCAACCAAGCUUAAAGACCAACUACACAUUCCUGAUUUGAUAUUCAAUGCUCUUUCAUUUGCUUGCAGUCUCUGGAAUAUGAAUAUGUUUUGCUGGUUCCAUAAGUACUGCUGUUGUGGUUCGACCUAACACCCAUGCUCAUGCCAUAAGUCCUUUACUGUCUGAAAACUUGGGACGAUGAAAAACUAAGCUCCAUGCCACCAAUUCAAUUUAAAAAGAAAAGAUUAUUUUUUUUAAAUUUGAAAUUGUGCCACCAUUCUGAACUAUUUCUUAGAACUCCAACUUUCCCGUUUGAGCUGAUUUGUUAAAUUUGAUGCCACUCCCUCAGCACAAUUUUGCUGUGUAUUCAUUUGUUUUGAUAUAUUGAAUAAUAAAAAUUA